GCAUCAUCAAGGCCAACAUCCCUUCCCCGUGCUCUCCCCGCAGUCAGCCUCAUGGUUGCCCGGUUCUUCAAGCCCUAUCUGGGUUCAGCCAUCCGCGGGGCAUUUUCUCCCCUCUCUCCGCGGCAAAAGAUUGUCGCCGGCGUCGGCGCCAUCUCGAUCCACUAUGCCGUUGUGCCGGCAAUCGUCCCCGGCGCUCGCUUUUCGACCGCGACCCGCCUCGGCGACGCCGAAUCCCAGCUCAAGAAGGUCGUCAUCAUCGGCUCCGGCCCGGCUGCCCACACUGCUGCCAUCUACUGUGCCCGAGCCAACAUGGAGCCGGUCAUGUACGAAGGAUUCAUGGCCGGCGGCAUUGCGCCAGGCGGGCAGCUCACAACCACAACCGAAGUCGAGAACUUCCCUGGGUUCCCCGACAGCAUCUCCGGCACCGAGAUGAUGGAGCUGUUCCGCAAGCAGUCGUCCAAGUUCGGGACCGUGAUCCACACCGAGACCGUCUCCAAGGUCGAUCUGACGCAGCGGCCCUUCAAGCUGUGGCUCGAGCACAAAGAGGCCGAGGAUCCUGUUCUCUGCCACUCGCUGAUCGUGGCCACGGGGGCCACCGCCAGGCGUCUCAACCUGCCUGGCGAAGAAAAGUACUGGCAGUCGGGCAUCUCGGCGUGCGCCGUCUGCGACGGUGCCGUGCCCAUCUUCCGCAAGAAGCCCCUCGCUGUUGUCGGCGGUGGCGAUUCGGCUGCGGAAGAAGCUCUGUUUCUGACAAAGUACGGCUCCAAGGUCUACGUCCUGGUCCGGCGCGACAAGCUGCGAGCCUCCAAGGUGAUGGCCGACCGCCUCAUGGCCCAUCCCAAGAUUGAGAUCCUCUGGAACACCAUUCCGAUCGAGGCCAAGGGCGACGGGCGACUGCUGCAGUCGCUCGAGAUCGAGGAUAAGCUGACGGGCCAACGACGAGACUUGUCCGUCAACGGCCUCUUCUAUGCGAUUGGACACACUCCCAACACGACCAUCUUCCAGCAAGGCGGCAACGGCACCAACGGCCAUCAGCUCGAGUUGGAUCAGGACGGCUACAUUGUCGUCCAGCCCGGGACCUCGUACACCAGCGUCCCUGGCGUGUUUGCUGCCGGUGAUGUCCAGGACCGACGAUACCGACAAGCCAUUACGGCCGCUGGAUCCGGGUGCAUGGCUGCUCUGGACUGUGAACGAUGGCUCGAGGGCCAGCACUGAACCGGCGGCUCUCGUUGCGGGACUUUGUGGCGAGCCGUUGCCUGCUAAUGUACUGCCAGUGCACUGCCAGUGCACUGCAAAACACUGCCAAUAGUCACAUCUGAGCGGUGGUCCGCAGCAGGCACUGCCCUGCAAUAUCACACUUGCCUCCGCUGUC